CAGCAAACGCGCACAUGGUCAGUGUCAGUUAACCAUGAUCCACGGCGCGCUCGUUCUCCUGCUGCUCGGUCCGGGCAGCGUCACGGAGUACUCCUCCAAAACCGACUUGGACUACGAAUUCGGGGAUUACAGGGGGAAGUGGUGCAUCGACGACUACGGCUUCGUGUACGGCAUCGGAGAGGUUUAUUACCCGAGCCCCUCGGCGUGCCCAUGCACCUGCAGCGUGGACGGCCCCGUGUGCUUCCGACCCAAGUGUGCCAAAAUUCACCCCCGGUGCACGAGGAUCACAUACAAAAGGUGCUGCCCGGUGUGCGAAGCUGUGCCCAGAGUGUGCGUGUACGGGGGCCGAACCUACCGCUUGCUGGAGGAAUUCAGGUUGUCCAGAUGUGAGCGAUGUCGCUGCGAGGCCAACCACGAGGUGUACUGCACCAUUUCAAACUGCCCCGCCCCGCACUGUGUCAACCCCACCUAUGAACCCAACCACUGCUGUCCAAUCUGCAAAUCCGGACCCAACUGCUUUGCUGGUAAUCAGGUAAUCCCAGCUGGGGAGCGUGUGGACAUUGACGAGUGGACAGUGUGCUACUGCACCUUCAGGGACGGGACGUGGCACACCUACCCACAGGCCACCUGCGAGCACAGCCACAAACCCAGCCUGACACCCGGCACCUACACCGACCCACCCGAAGACGAGUAUGGCAGGGGGAGAGGCGGGAGGGCCUUCUUUCCAAGACUGGAUGUGAUACCAUGAGGAAGUUUUUGUUUGGUUGAGGCAGAGCUGACCUGCAGGCACAAAUCUGAGUAAAACCUCCCACAGUAGGAGAGAAGACCAUGUGGAGCAUCUCUGCAGAGGUCAGAUUUAAGAAACACUCGUAAUGCACAUCUAGUGUGUGGAUAUACAUGAGGGAAUUUACCUUCACAUUCACCAAUCUUCAGUCCAUAAAUAAAAAUCAUUUUUAAGACUACAGGUUUUCCCUCCAAGAGGCAAAAAUGGUCACAGUUAUGGUUUUCGUCUGACCUGCCUGACAUCUUCAGAACGGGUUCCAGUAAAUAU